CCACCUGUCGGGGCGGGCUCGGGCAGGCCAGGUGAGGCGGUGCCGGCCCUGCCUUUCCCCCUUUCCACAGCCUCCUGGCACUACGGGUGCCGGCAGCAUGGCGGACUCCCAGGUGGUCCUGCUGGACGAGUCGCACGUCAACGAGAAGGUGACAGAGGCCCAGGCCUGCUUCUACUACAGCGAGGAGCAGCGCUGGGCCCUGGAGGCACUGGUGACCCGAGGUGAGGCUGCCUACAGGGAGACCCUGCGGAAGGAGCAUCUCCGGGACUUCCUCUCCAGCCAGGAGCUGCAGGCCCUGCGGGGCAGCUGGCGCGCCUACGAUGACCCCCGGGAGAGCGGGAAGGUGGUGCGGGGCCCCAGUGGCGAGGCCAUCUCACUGGCCUACUGGCCUGAGCGCUCAGACACAGAGGUACCGCCGCUGGACCUCGGCUGGACUGACAAGACCUUCUACCGGGGCAUCAGCCGGGUGGCCCUCUUCACGCACCCUCGCAAGGAAGAGAACGCACCCCACCUGAAGGAGGUGGUGCGGGAGAUGAUCCAACAGGCACAGAAGAUUAUUGCAGUGGUCAUGGAUGUAUUUACAGACCGGGACAUCUUCCGAGAUAUUGUUAAUGCAGCAUAUAAGCGCUGGAUCCCAGUCUAUAUAAUCCUAGAUGAAGACGGUGUGAAGCUCUUCCUGGAAAUGUGCAGAUGCCUUGACCUCAGUGACUUGCAGAUUCGGAACAUCCGCAUACGUUCUGUGACAGGAGUUGGGUUCUACAUGCCAGCAGGGAAGAUCAGAGGUACAUUGGCAUCCCGAUUCCUGAUGGUGGAUGGUGAAAAGGUAGCCACUGGAUCAUACAGCUUCACAUGGAGUUCAUCCCAUAUUGACAGAAACAUCUUACUAGUCUUGACAGGACAGCAUGUGGAGAUGUUUGACAUUGAGUUUCGUGAGCUCUACGCUAUUUCAGAGGAAGUUAAUUUCUGCAAGGAAUUGGGUAUUGCUAGUCCAAACCUUCAUGGAAUUGGGAAACCAGGCUUUCAUUCCUCCACUGUGGCUCGGAAGAUCAUUAAUCCCAAGUAUGGCUUAGUAACAGGGGCAGCCCGUGGUGAUAUGAUGCUCUGGGCUUCACGACACAGGCAGGAUAAUCACGGGAAUAUGGAAAGGGAAGAAACAAGUGAAUCUAAGAAACGAUUAAAUCAGUUUCUGAAUGACUUAAUCACAUUGGAGCAAGAACUCCCAGAGAUUGAACCACCUCUGGAGAACUUCAACAAGCUGAAUCGGAGCCCUCAGAAACUAUUCUCCCGAUUACAGAUGGACCUGAAAAAUAAAUCCAAGUCCAGAGAGUCCAUUCGUGUCGUGAAGAAAGAAGAUGCACAGGCCAACUCAAAGCAAGGAAAGCGAUUUGCCAGUGGGCUUUUUAGUCGCAAGGCCAAACGAUCUCCAGGUUCAAGCAUUGAAGCAAAUUCUUUUGCCAGUGAAGGACAUUCAGGGGAAGACCUUGGGAAUAUGAAACUGGAAUAUGAGCAGCUCAGCAUUGGCCAUAACAGUGUUCGGAGUGCUGAAGGCACCUCAGGUAAUGUGGGUCCAAACUCCACUACAAGCGAUAAAAGCAAACAAUCUACCUGUGUGUUAUCUUGAUUGUCUGGGAAACUGAAGACUGAACAAGCUGGUUUAGUAACAUGAUUAUUGAUUUGUCCUUCCACGGUGGUCUGUCAAGCCACUGUGUGGUCCUGGAUGCAGCUGGCACCCCCAGUUAAAUCAUAUUUACUGGGUGAAGCAUAGACUUUGGAUGGUUGAUCCCUUAAGUGAGGGUUAAUGAUGAAUGUAUUAGUCCAUACGUGUGUGUGCUUAUAGAUUUUAUACAUAAAAACAACUGUGAUGACUGGGUCUCAGAGCUUGCUCUGUGUCCAGAUAAAUGCAGGAGAUUUUCUGACUUACUUGUGCUGCUACUUCAGUCUGUUUAGUUACAGACUCAGAAUCACUGUGUUGCAUUGUUUACUCUACUGCAUUGCAGAAAUGUAUUGGUCUGACCGGCUGGAAGCGAAGUCCAAUCAGCAGCAAAUUCUGGGUGAAACGGUGAUGUUUACAGACAGCAUAGCAAUGCUUUGUCCUCAAGGAGUCUUCCUGUAGAUUCCCGUUGUCACUUACCCACACAGAAAUUAGUGGUCAGGGGAGAAGAGUUUAGCUAGAAGAGGCCAAUGGAUUAGUAUCUUAACUGCCUUUUCCAGGUUGUAAAUAUAGUAGUCAAACAAAGCGAUUUGGCAAUAAUCUGUUAAAGAGAAGCACUGGAGUAUUAGGGGAGUGCUUAACCUGUAGCUGAGAGUGGGUCAGAGAAAUGCCUUAAACGGGAGAGUGGGCAGAUCUGGGAGCAGUCACACAGCCUUCGAUGGCUGCUAUAAAAUCCUGUUUGUUGCUAAGUGAGCGGUACUCUACCCUUCAUGGAAACUGUAUGAUUAAGGAGCACAUCUCUGAGGCUGAAAAAAAGCAAGGCAGGCAGACGAGUUUUUCGAAUGCUCCUUUUUUUUUUUUUUUUUUUUUUUUUUUGUCAGGUUAACAUUUCCAAGCUCUUAAAAAAUGCCUAAAUCAUGAGCUUUGAUCCAUAAGAGAUGUUGCAUGCAAUCAGACCAAAGGCCAUCUAAUCUGCUGUCCUCUCUCUGAGGGCACCCAGUAACAGGUGAUCACAGAAGCAUAAAAAUUAAAGCUCGGGUACAAAAAUCUUUCUCUGACGCUGUUCCAGCAGUCUAUGGACUUUCUGAACUGGCAGUUCCUUCUGGACCUGGCCUUAAUGAAUGCACUUAGUCUUUUUUUAAAAAUCCUUUUAUACAUUUGGCCUCCACAGUGUUCUGCGGCAAUGGACCCUAAGUUCAUUGUGUGGUAUUAAAAAGAACAGUCUUCAGGCAGUUUUAAUGGUUUACUUGAUGAUUUCAUUGAGUGACCCUCAUUCUUCCAUUGUCAGAUGUAGUUCUGACCACUCCUAUUCCUCGUCUCCUUGCCACUUUUUACAGACCUGUAUCAUACAUGUCCUCAGCCAUCAUUUUUCCAAGCUACAGGUUCAUGGUAUGUGAAGCUAUUCAUUAUAGGGGACCUGUUCAACACCGCUGCCCUCUAGUUCACUGGCUCUUUUCCAGUUCUGCCACUAACAAAGUGGAGAAGCCGGUUGUUUUUGUUCCCUCAGUAUGCAGAUUGAUGUUUCACUCUGCUUUCUUUCCAUCUAAAUUAUAUACUCUCCUGUCAUAAAUAAGCCCUCUUGUGAUAUCUAAGAAAAAUAAAUCCUAGUCAUAGUAGACACCUGAAAAGUAACAUACCUGUUUGCCAGAAAACUAUACAGACAUCAGAAGAAUAUAGGUUUCAUUUUCUUUCUUUUUUUUGUGUUGAGACACUGUUGAGUUUAUUUCAGUGCACAAGGACAACAAAGACAACUGCUGCACUACCAGCACAGAACAAACUGCUCCAAAGGCUCUUCCAGGUGCUGGGGUGCAGUGUUGGUUGUUACACUAAAACAGCUGCCUCUAGUUAAUGAUAAAAUAUGAUUGAUUGAUUAAUUAACUGCCUUUCCUGGAAAUGAAUUUAAUUUGAAUGGCAAGCAGGUUUGUUUUACUCUGAUUUUACCCUGUAGAAUAUCUCAAGACCCUAACAUACCAAAUGCUCUCUGUUAAAUACACCUUCACGCAGUGGGUUAAAUGCUUGUGACUCUAUAUAGUUAUUCUAUAUAGCCUUCUGGGAGCAGGCUGUAGUUUUACUGCUAGGUCUGUCAGCUCCUAUUAUCAGCAGUGUUUUAUAAAAUUGUUCCUGGUAAUGGAAGAGAAGAGGUGUUGGAAAUUACACCAUCACUUGGACACAGAAGUAAGUUAAUACAUGAGAUAUCUUGUUGGCUGUGGGUGCAAUGUUUAUGUGCCAAAAGCUAUUUGCUAUAUAUGUGUACAGCUGUCUAAAAUGGCUUGAUUUUGCCAUGCUUCCAUUAUUUUCCAAAUGAUUAGGAGAUUUUUUUCUCUCCUCGUAUUUAUUUCACUUUGUUAGCAGAGAUUCAAGAGAAAUUUAUAAGGCCAAUGUGGUUCCAGUUUUUUGUUCUGAUAGAAAUAUUGUCACCUGGUGCUUCCUUGUACUCCCAGACUUUUAUGAUAUUUAUUUAUUUUUUUUAAUUGUGCAAUAGGCUAAUUUACUGACUAGUACUGUGUUGAUGUAUCUGGUCAGGUUUUCCAGGAAGUCCUCUAUCUCUUUAGGUUUUUUGUCUUUGUUGCUUCAUCUGGGGUGGAGUGACUUAAAUCACCUGAGAAGCUGAUUUCACUUGCUAUUUCUUCUAUUCUGUGCUUGCUGAUUAACAUGCUUUACUUUCUUUUUCCUAUGAAAGAUGGGAAAGCACUUUCUUUAGCAUUGUCAACUAACAGGAUCUCCUUUCUAGUGAGAAUCUCUCAUCAAUUUGUCUUCUGUUUUGUUGCCACACCAGUUCCUAAAAUGUAGGGUUUGUUCAUUCAUUUUUAAUUCCGUUCCCUAUUUUUAUUGCUUGAAAGUCAUAUAAGUCUAAUCUCAUGCCUUGACUCCAGAGUCUAGCAGAAUCCCUCAGGCUUAUUACACAUUGUUAAUUAACUGAAUUGAAGAGAGCAAACUUGCUUUCUUGCAUGAUGUGAAUCUGCUUCUUAAACUUGGCGUGACUCUUUAGGGAUGCACGCAACCUUGCUGAUCCAGAGGGAAUGUUUCAGACUCUGGUGGAACUUGUUCUUCCCUGCAGACAAGAUCAGGUGAACUUGGAUAUUUGGCUGCUUCUAUGGCAACGGUUCUGAGUCCUGGUGAGGUGACGGCAUUUAUUUUAUUAAUUGUGGUUCCUCAUAAGUACUAGGAUCCUAAAGCUGUGACCUGUAAAAUGAACCUCUUACAUUCUCCAGAUAAAAUGCUGUUGAUCUUGCUGGGAGUAGAGGGGUGAGAAGUAGCAGUUAUCAAUUCUGUUAGAAGUCUCUUAAUGGAAGCUGAAGGUACAGCAGUCUUCAAAUAAGAUGUCAUUUUGUCCUAGUUCAAGAAGCCAGCUCUUGGAACUAAUGUAACCAAGUCAUUAACCUUCCAAGGGAGUGGGAAAGAUGGGAGAUAUCUGGUGGUUGCUAUUGGGAAGAACAAGGUCAGCUCUCUUUGGAGUCUGUUUCCUGAGCCUGGACAAUCCCAAGAGGUUGUCUGUUCUCUGGAUCUUCUUCGCUCUUCGUCAUGUGAGCCCAGGUUUGCUGAUCAUGUGGUGUACCAUGGGACCUAUACUGGCCAGUCUUGGUUUUGGAAAAAGAGUAAUGAAACUGGGGCUUGCAGCUUGCUAUUUCUGAUGUGAAAUGGGGAGUGGUUCUGAAAGAGUGUCUUGGCUGAGUGUGUGCCUUCUAUGUUUCCUGUGGGAUGCACUUGUAUAUUUAAUGUACUUGUGUUCAGUGACUUAUGCCAAAGAUGUUUUCUAAGUCAAAUAAACUCUUUGCUAUGUUAUGUUCAGGUAAUUUGUUCAUUGGUGUUGUUUUUAAUUUCUCAACUGCACUUCCUAGAUUGCUGGGAUUUUUAAAAUUUAUUUGUGAAGAACCUGUACUCUCUGGAUUAGAGUAGGUUUCUGUGUGACACGUAAACAUCUUUGGCCAAUGCUAUGUUUGUUAACAGAUGUGGGGAAUUCAGCUGCCCAUACAAGCGCAGUGUCUUCUGGCUCUGACUACCUUGAGAGAGGCUCUAAAUCAUUGGAGCAGGCUGUAGUAGGUGUCCACUGCAGUUUCUCUUUGGUGUUCUUCUUCAUUACCACUCUCUUUGCAGCUGAACUAUGUCUUGCUGCAGCUAUAAAUGCAUAUGACGAAGUGCCACCUCUGCUUCCCUUUCCAUCUUUCCUAUAUAAUUUGUUCCCAUCAGUGAUGACAUUUCACUUAUGAAACAGAAUCCCUCUGCUACAUUUCAGGUUUACCUGGUACAGUACAAUCCUUGACAUUUAAGUAACUCCCUAGCUCGUUUCCCGUGCUCCCUUUGUUUGUGUAUACAAAAGCCUUUUUUAAAAUUCCUGACCAUGUUUCAGAAUAAAUCCAGUCUCUAUUUUACUUCUGGGCAUUACGGUACAUGAAAAUGUACUUGCAGUAAACAUAAUCUUUGUCUUUCCUUCUGUGUUUUAAGACCACAUAGCAAUUGCAUCCUUACAGUUUAAAAGGAGUCUAUCUAAUCCAAGCUUGUUUUACAGAGUAUGUCAGGGCUCCAGUAUUAAUACCAUCCCUUUGUGCCUUUUCUUUUCCUGUAUUUAUCUCAGGGAGGUUCUCCAAGAAAGUAAGAAAAAUGUACUUUAUCUUAAAUAUUACUAUUUAUUAUUUACUUGAAUAUUCAACUUUUUUCUUGUUUCUUGACACUUUCAUUUGUGCUCUUUCAAAAUCAGGCAACAGCCCCGGAAUGAAAGACCUCUUUGUGUCACCUAGACCUUGUGUCCCUGUCUUAGAGGAAAUUUGCAAAUUUGGGAAUCCUUGUAAACAAGUUCACCAAAAGCACAAACAACUGCAGGAACCCUCUCAGAAGAGAAACCUAUGGAUGUAGAUGAAACUGUAGCAUGUAGCAGGGCUGACAGAUGUUUACCUAACUCUUGGCACAACACCUAUUUCUGAUUUCUGCUGCAAGUCUGGACAUGCAUACCCACGGAGUGAGGAUGCAGAAAACCACACCUUAAUAUAUAGUGUUUCAGCUUCUCCAGUCUCACUCACAAUGUGGGCAAAUUUGCCAUGCUUUUCAACAAGACAUGAAAGCAAGGAAGAAUAGCUGAAAAGCAUCUGCAUAGGAACUUAGGGCAGACUUGCUGAUGUAUCCUAAAUUCAUAAUGUGAUCUGUCAAUGUCAGAAGUUUUUGAGAUGUUUCUAAUUCUGUUUCUCACUCCAUUUUCAGUCAGCUUAGCUGCGAUACCAGCUCCUGCCUUUUCAUCUGCCUUGUCAGGUUUUGUUUUCUUUUUCUAAAAUAUUAGAUAAGUCACCUUGUAGGAGAACUGUGAGCAUGAAACAGCCCUUCUCUUGCUUUCUACCUGAGACAGGCAACUUCUUGAUGAUAGGGUGUGCUGAAAGCCAAGAUUAAAUGACAACAGAUGUGUGAAAUUGUUGCUUGUAUUUUCCUGGUUACGUGUGGAAUUCGCGCAGGAAAGCUGACGGAGCAUAGAACCAGACUAAAACAUUUGAAUAAUGAGGAAUGUAGCCAUUACAGAGGGCCUGAAACACAGAAUAUAAAAAUGAGACCUGAUUUUAAUGCAAAUGCAUAUGGUACCAUAGGCAAGCAACAGGGAGGUCAGGUCAAGGAUACUUUCUAAGUAUUGUCUGUAUUCAAGGGUCUUCUGCCUUUUUAAUUUAUUUAAAGCAAAGCAAAAAAAAAAAAAAAAAAAGCUGCUGAAUAGUGAACUUUAUUGCAAUUGUGCAAGUGAGAAAAAUAUGUUGUGCCAGUGGGCUGUGGCCAGAUCAGCAUUUUGCAUGGGCUUGGGGGUGGAUUUGGCACGUGCCCACUGUGGGCUGAAUGAACACCGUGUUUCUUCAGCUUUUUGAUUUACCAAACUGGAGUGGCUGUUACAGAAAGGAUGUUGCUUUCUGCAAUCUGAGCAAUACACAGGAUAGAGGACUAAUAUCGAGGCUCUCUAGCCUCUGUACUGUGGCAGGCGUAGUGACUUUUUUUGUAUCCAAAGCAGUACUCCCAAACCAGGGCGUAAGACGUAUAUUAAAUGAACAUGAGAAAAUGGUGUGACAAAGGCAUAGGAAUGCUUUGGCAAGAUGUGCGUGCAUCCCUGUGAUAUAGCUGGUGGAACAUUAGUUUGAGCUUCCCCCGAAUUAGGUACACAAUAAUGUAGGAUGGAAUAUGGGGGGAAGUGAGCACAUAAAACCAGGUUGCUUACUCUAGAGCUGGAUCCUACACCGUGAAAACAAAGGCAUGUUUUGCAUGCCAACAGUGUGUGUGGGAUAGGAAUGUCGGUUGUCUUCUACUAUGCAGAGUGACAGCAGCCCAGGUCUGGCUUUUUCCACAGUUGAGAUUGUGAAGAAAAUAAAUUCUAUACCUCAGUAUUUACAUGGGCAGACCCUUGUGUCUGAGGUUUCCUCUAGCACGUAAGAAAAUGUAUAAGUGGUGUUGCUUGUUUAUGAAGGACAGAAUCACACUUGCCUCAUCUUGCAUUGUUUGUGACCAUGGUGCUUAAGAAAUGCAGAAGCUAUUUUACUGUUGGUGUGCUCUGGCUUCUCUGAAACUUCAGUACUAGAGGAAGUAAUAAGGCACUUCGAGGUAACUGGGCUCCAACUUCUCUGAAGGGGACACUUCCACAAAGAAAAAUGAUUAAAAGGAAAAGCUAUCUCUCUGAGAAAUUACAAUAUAUUUGGUGAAACUGAGCAAAAUCCCAAGGUGCAGAUGCUAGACAACCCUGGGAAAAGGGCAUUUACUUCAAGUGUUUGAAAAGAAAAGCUAUUUAAACUUUGAAAGAGCUAUUGGUUUUAUUGUUGCAAUAUUUAUGAUCCUCUCUUUAUAGGUCAUACAACCAUUUCCUUAGUUAUCCUUAAUCUCCUACCAGAAAUUCUUUCUCGUGGCUGGCAGUCCCCUUGAGCAGCGCACUCGCACUACAGAAAUGGAAAAUAGCAAAUAUAAACCAAGUGGGAUCAUUUAUAGCUGUCUUGCUAAGUGCGUAACACAUCUGCAGAAGGAUAAGUUCCUCUGAUUUAGCAUGGCCAUUAGUGACAUUUUGCUGCUUCUGAAAGGAAGAAAAUGGCUCUGCUUAGUAUCCUGAGGUGUAACUGUGGCAAUCACGGAUGUUAGAAAUGGAAAAGGCCACUAGGUCAUCUGGGCCGUUGCCCUAGCGCAAUACAAGACAAUUCACCAGCGUAUCUUUGUAGGACUUCGUUAUUCUACCACCUGUUUGAGAUUCUCCUUCACAGCCUAAUAUAUCUCAUAGGAAGGUAGUUAAAAUAACUUCUUGGAGAGGUAUGAGAGGUAGAAAUCCUUGCGGGCAUUGCGCUGAAAUAAAGACCUGUCUCCUGGUUUAUCCAAGCAUCUGCCAUUGCCCUUUUACAAUGAAGACACUGUAAUAUAUUCACUUCCUUUGCUCUGUAUUUAUGACUGCAGCAUUUCAAUAAAUCAAAACUUUUCUGGAAGGAAAAGUUAGAGCGGUCUCCACUGGUUUCUCACCAAUUUCCAAACCGCUUUUAAACAUGUGAAUUAAUCUACAGAGUCAAAGUUAUACUUCUGCAAAUCUGGAUUAAUUUCACUGCGCCCACUGGGGUUAUGCUGGAUGUACGCUGGAGUUCCUGACAGCACAGUAUGACCAACAGCUUCCCUUUUGCAUCCAAGGAGACAAACUCACAAGAACAAAGACAGAGACAGACAAGCACAGGCGCCAGCCACAGAUGCUAUACCCUGCAGCCAAAAGGAGGAUGUUGUUUCAGGCAGGCUCCAUCUUGUUUCAAAGUCUUCCGUGUAAGUAGCGUUUGGUAUAAGUAAUUGGGAAUUCACUCGCGCACAGCAGUGUUGCUAAUGUGAGGGAACCCUUGAAAACGCUGUAGGGUCUUUGCAUUGAAUAUUGCUUCAAAAACAAUUGCUGCAAUAGAAGGAUUCAGGAGUUGAACUCUCUUGAUAAGCACAAACUUCUUCUCAAACAUAGCCCUGGUCUGGAACGCCUUGUUAAGAGUAGCGUUAAUGUGUAUUUUCAUUGCUCUUUGUGUUCUGGUUAGCCUGUGGAAGCAAGACUGUAAGGUAGAAUUGCUGCCAGGGCUGGUUUAAGCUCUGCGAGGUUCUCACUGUCAGGAAACAAGCUAGCAGCAGUCAAGUGCAGUCCAAGCAGCAGAAACAAACAGUAGAACUGAGCUGCUCAGGGCUCUUAAAAGGGAACAUGGUUUCUUUAGCAGAGUCAAUGAAUCCAGAACAACAACCACAGAAUAUCUUGCUCUGUUUUAGGAGAAAGAAAGAAAGAAAAACCCAACAAAGUUUUGACUUUCUUCUAGCUGCCUGGGAGUAGGUUUAGUGCAGGAUUAGAAGGAAAGCCCUGGGGUUUUUGCUUGCUUUUUCACAAGUGUGGGGAAGAACAUGCUGUUUUGCGAAUGGUUGUCAGUGCAUGAUGAAAUCCUCCAGAAUCCUCAUCAUCAUUCCUUUCCUGUGCAAAAAGAAAAUAGCCCAGUGGGCCAAAUGUUUUGUUAGCCCCUGAGCAAUUGAGUCUUCAUCCGUUUCUGCUUGUGUGUGAUUAAUCAGUGGUUCUGAAGAGAUCAUCUGCUACCAAGAGGUCUCGUAAUUGCUCCCAGGAGUCAGCCUGCUGGCUUUGCCCAUGCAGCCCCACCCUGAGCUCCCAGCAGCAGCUCAGCCACGGGGAAGCUGCUGGCAGGCUUCCAUCAAGGGGGUGACACAAAGCUGUACUCGUGAACCUGGAUGUAACUUUGCUGCCAACCAUUGCAGAAGAUGAGCUGGGACAGUGAGUGAGUCACAGGGUUUGUAAGCAGUCAGAUUUGAGUAUUAAAGAAGAAACAGCCUGGCCCACCCAGCUUUGCUGUUCUCUGUUCCAGUGACUGCUGGAGGCCAAGUCAUGGAAACGGCUGCUGCUGGUCCAUUUCCCUGCGCAGCUCUUCUUGCUGUCACCACUGUCGUCAUCCCUCUGUUCUCUGUGCAGCUCUUUCUUUGGGAUCCUUGCUAGGGCCUCCCUGCAGCUGAUGCAAAGGCAAGGAGGAGGCUGUGGCUGGUAAGAGCCAGGAAAGGCUUUGUGUGCACGUGUGCCCACGUAUCUGUGUGGGAGAGAUGAAAUACACCUUCUGUGUGCAGCCCUGGAUCCAAGAAACCUCCCAUGCAGCUUCCCACUCCUUGGCACAUAAUGUUUGUCCCACGUUUUUCCCACCACUGUCCUCAUUCUCCUUUGCACUGAGAUUUUCAGGUUUUUCUUCUGGUCCUAAUGUUGUGCUGUCUUGCAGUUGUUUUCCUCCUGUAGCUUUCUUCCUUAUGAUGCUCCCUUCCUGUAUUAUUCUCACUUUCUGUCCUCAGGUUCUACUGUAAUUGAUUCCAGUUCCUCUGCAGGUGGCAGUAAGCAAUCCUGUUACACACUUGUUUUAAAAUAAAAAUAUAGAUGUUAUGCUUCGCCUCAAACACCAUUUUUAAAAAGUUGUGGAGAAAAGGAAGCCUGUGGAAGGGGGAACAGUGUAACCGCCAUCCAACAUGAGGGAGAGUUUAAGCAGUCAAAUUAUAGCUCUAACUCCCUGAUUAUGGCAAUUUUUGUGGGUUCUUUCCCCUUGGUCUGCCUGAAGAAGGCACAGUUUUCCACAGCAGCAAAGGAAACAGAUGUUUCCACCUCCAGAUUUUCUGUCCUUCGGUCUGCACUUUCUUGCCCCACUCUCCAAUUACACUUCACCCUGUUUACUAGAUCCUGCUCCUUGUCUUCUCACACAUUCUUCUUGCAGAGCAUCACUGCUGCUCGCAGUCCGUGCCCAGCUCACCAGACCAAAGAAGCACAGGUACUCCACCUGUAGUAUUGUUUUCAGACAGGUGUGGACAGCAGUGCACCUUUUCCCUGACAACAGUCUUGCUUCUGCAGACUAAAGCAAAAUGGCAGCCAUUCUGCUUGCUUUGAUCUUUUUAAUAAUAAAGGACAAGGGGAGCCUUUUUGAAUGAGGAAAAAGCCUAAGUUAAAAUAAAAAAUUAAACAACGUACCUAAUUAAUUAGAAUCACUGCAAAGUCUUGGAAAGCUGCCAUCUUAAAUUACUACACAGCUACAACUCCCAGCAAAAAAUAGUAAUAAUUGGGGGAAAAAAAUUACAUAUUCCUGCUAUCCUAGUAGGAGUUUGAAAUAGACAAGACAGGUGGGAGCUUUCCCAGCAAAUAGCGUUAGUCCUGCAUGUGUGGUACUACCAGAUAUGCACAGCUUCCUUAUUCCCUGCUUGCAAGGGCAUAUACAUAUUCACCGUCCCUGAGGAAUGGAGGAGAUGGGAGGUUUGUGUCCCAGCCCUUUUUUCUAUUGCAAUGGGGCUGGGUGACAUAAAAAAUUACACAAAUGAGCACUGCAUGUGAAAGUGUGGCUGCCCUGGAAGCAAUGGAAACUCCAGUGUACACUUAAACCUUGGAAAGUGGAAGGAGAGAGUGCGUUUAGCAGUUACCCUAUGUCUGAAUGUAAAAUUCUAACGCUGUCCUGAUGAUGAAGGUGGAACUGUGACAAUAAAAUACUGUAAUUGCUUUCACAUACCUAUACUUUAGUUUUAUUUAAGUUCAGCUAAAGGUGACUCAAAACUGUUCUGUGCAAGCUCCUACCUACCGCUGUUGAGCAUCAUAUCUCUGACCAAGUUGGUGGAAUGGGGAGGUUAAAAGGUAAAUAAAAUCUUGCCUGAAGAGCUUCAUGACCUCUGUUCUCAGCACGGCUGCCAAUAACUUUUAUGUGCACACUGGUUCAUUUUCAGUACUGGAAGCACAAAGCAGACAUCUUCCUCUGCCAGCAUUUAAAAAAAAAAAAAAGUGGGUAAAAAAAAAAA